CUGCUUUUCCUCUUUUGUUUUGUGGGGAAGCGGCCGAUGAUCCGUCCGACGAGCAGAAAGCUGAUCUUUGAUUCACCCGUGAACCUGUUACAUAAUCUCUAAAUGUUACAACAUAAAGGUCAAGAGAACGAAUCCCCGUCGUUGAGACUCGUUUCUGUAGAAGCUCCUGCUCCCUGAUGACGUCAUAAACCAUGACUGCUACCGGUUCCACCACAUAGUUGCACAGUUGUCACAUCUUUUUUAAUGAUUUUUUAUUAUAGUAGUAUUAUUUCUACUGUAACUGCCUCACUCUUGUUGUUCCGUUGUCCUAAUUGGUUCGAAGGUCUGUGUCAGUGUUGAGAUGGGGACGGAUAAUGGUUUCGCUGUGGGGAGCGUUCACACAGGAAAUGAACGAUACUGUGCACAAUAGAGAACAUCCUGCUUUUUGUGUAGCAUGAGAAGAAUGUCAUGAUGUCUCAUUCCUGAGAAUCUGAGCACGGAGCGCCUGUACAGUGAGCCAUGUUAAAGCCGUGGGGGUGGAUUGUUGUCGGUUUCCUACGUUCAGUGGUGUAAAAAAUGCCUUUAUUUAUAUUUAUUAAAACAGAUCUGAGCUUAAAAGCAUUACAAAGUAAAAGCCCGUGAUUUGCCCGUUGGCAGCAUGGCCUCCACCAUCAGCCUCCUCCCAGAGAAGCACUUCCUGUGCCCCCUGUGCAGCGACAUCUUCACCAGCCCGGCCACCGUGCCGUGCGGCCACAGCUUCUGCCUGUCCUGCCUGAGCCGCUACUGGGCCCGGCGCCAGUCCAAGUGCUGCCCCCACUGCAAGCGGGUGUUCGAGGACAAGCUGGACCUCACUGUCAACCGCAUCCUGGCGGACGUGUCGGACAACUACAGGAAGAGUCGGCCGCAGAAGGCCCCCGAGGACGAUGGGGUUGUGGGUGUCGAGCAAAUGAUUCAAGAAAGGCUCCAGAAGAUCGAAAGGUUGAAAAGCUCUCUCGAGCUUCAAAAGAACUCCUACCUCAGAGAGGUGCGCGAGAGCCAGAAGGUCUUCUCCGCCCUGGUGGUGGCCAUGGAGAAGAGCCACAGAGCGGUGAUCACCGCCAUCGAGGAGCGACAGAGGGCGGAGGAGAGGAGGGUGGACGCGCUGGUGAGAGAGCUCAAGCAGGAGAUCCGGGGGCUGAGGGAGGAGACGGACGAGUCGGACCCCCCGAUCCCUUUCAGCGGCGACGAGGGCGGCGACGCGAAGGAGUCGGAGGCGAAAAUUGGCGCCACCACGUUGCCCUCCAAGAUGAAGGACUGGUCCAAGGUUGCUAUAGAAACCGACCCUUGCAUUGGGGUCACGAGAAAAGCCUUGUCGGACAUCGUGGAGAAGGUCAAAUCGGAAGUCAACAGGCUCUCGAAAUGUGAACUGAAGAGAAUCCAGAAGUACGCGGUCGACGUCAACCUCAGUGCCAAGACAGCGCAUCCCUUCCUGUCGGUGUCCGACGACAGGAAGCAGGUGAGGCACACCAACAAGCUGCAGGAGGUGCCCGAGCACCCCACGCGCUUCGACCGCGUGGCCAACGUGCUGGCCAAGGAGGCCUUCGGCGGGGGCCGCUUCUACUGGGAGGUGGGCGUCGGCGACAAGCUGGAGUGGAGCCUGGGGGUGGUGCGGGGGUCGGUCAACCGCAAGGGCAAGUUCACGGUGUGCCCGGCCAACGGCUUCUGGACGCUGAGCCUGAAGGCGGGGGGGCAGUACGUGGCCAACGCCGCCCCCCCCGCCGCGCUGGCGCCGCAGCACCGGCCCAGGAGGGUGGGCGUGUUCCUAGACUACGCCGAGGGCCGGGUGUCCUUCUACUGCGCCGAGUCGGGGGUGCACCUCUACACCUUCGCCGACACCUUCACCGACAAGCUCCACCCGUUCUUCAGCCCCGGGCGCGUGCACGGCGGCAGGAACGCCGCGCCGCUGGUCAUUUCCUCGAGCUUCUGCAGCAUCUGA